AUGUCGAUUCACGUCCCACUCCCUAUCCUGACUAACUCGCGUGAUGUUGCGCCACCUUCAGCACUUCCCGAGAAGGAGCAAACUCUAUAUGACCGUGUUCUCGAACACUUCUCUGCAGCAGAAUAUACGCUUCCGAAUGUUAAUCAGGAGAGGGUUGCACUGACAGUUGAUGAAAAGUUUUGGCUGUCACAUGAAUGUCUCCUGAGAUAUCUACGUGCUACCAACUGGAACGCAAAUGCGGCCAUAAAGCGAUUAGAAGAUACACUCAAGUGGAGACGUGAAUUUGGGAUCUACGACAAAAUUACUGCUGAAUAUAUUGAACCAGAGGCAAAGGAUGGCAAAGCGUUUCUCUUCGGCUACGAUGCUCACGGUCGACCUGCCAUCCAUGUGAGCCCCUCAAAGCUGAGUGCCGAAGAGUCACCCCGUACAAUCCAGUUCAUUGUCUGGAUGAUCGAACGCGCCGUUGACCUUAUGGGGCCAGGUGUUGAGACCCUUGCGGUGCUAGCAGAUUAUGCAGACAAUACCGGGAAUCCAUCAUUUGGUAUGGUCCGCACAGUAUUGGACAUCAUUCAAACACAUUAUCCAGAACGCCUCGGUCUUGCGCUCAUCGCACAUCUUCCCUGGCUUUUAAACACAUUUUUUAAACUACUCACGCCAUUCAUGGAUCCCUUCACCCGACAGAAGCUGGUCUUCAACCCUGUCAUCAAUGAGAAUGGUGUUUUUCGAACGACCGAGGACGCUGAAGCAUGGAAUGCCGACAGCAUAUCACGAGUAUUUGAGCCAGAGCAGCUUAUCCAGGAGGGUUGGAAUGGCUCCCAGCCGUUUGUCUAUUCUCAUGCCGUUUACUGGGAGGCGCUAGUGAUGCUAUGUGAGGAAAGGCGGUCUAGGAUGAUCGCGGUAUGGCAUUGCAUUGGGGGAAAGGUUGGCACUAAGGAGUGGGAAGUUAAGGUUGCUGUCAGGGAUGAGCCUAUACAGGGGAUUGACAGAGAAUAA